AUGGCGUUCAACGUACUGACGGCUACUAUAACUGAGCUUGAAGAAUUGCUGAAUGGCGGCACUCUGACUAGCGAGGUCGUGGUCACCGAGUACCUGGAGCAAAUCGAGGCCCACAACGGCUACCUUCACGCAGUUAUUGCCACUGCACCAAAAGCCCUGCUCCCCGAGAAAGCUUGCUUUCUCGACAAGGAGAGGGCUGCCAGUCGCGUACGAGGUCCUCUCCAUGGUAUUCCUCUUCUUGUGAAGGACAACACUGCGACCCAUCCUAGUCUUGUAAUGUAG